AAACCAUAUUUUCAUGGAGCUCACUUUGUGCACAGGCACAUCGUCAUGCUGGAACAGGUUUGGGUUACGUUCAGUGAAGAAAGAUAAUAAUACUACAGCAUACAAAGAGGUCCUAAAGAAUGAUGUGGUUUCAUCCUUGUGGGUUCAGGAAGCCAGAGGCAUUUAGCGUUACCGUAAUACCGACGAGUUUAAACACGCUACUAGAAUACUUACGGUAAGGGCGCGAUGACGUCAGCACACACCUUCAGCCAAUGAGGCGGGGCGUCUCGUUGCCUUGGAAGGUCGUCAAAGCCGGUGUGCGCGCGCGCAUGGUGCUGUGCAAGGACGAUGAGAUAAUAUUCCGCCCUUUACAGUCAUGUGUUAUGGCUUAAAUAAAGCAUAAACCUUCUGCCUCCUGAAGCCCGGCAACGACGAAACCUGGUCCUCAGUGAUCCUCCUGCAGAUGCAGAAGUAUUCAUCAAUAAACCUUCAGCAUGUGUGAUGAAGCCAAGAGAUCAGAGCCCAGGGCCAAUGGGAAGCAGUGCUCAUGGGCAUCUUACAUGACCAACUCGCCAACUCUGAUCGUCAUGAUUGGCCUCCCAGCGCGAGGCAAGACCUACAUGUCAAAGAAGCUCACACGCUAUCUCAACUGGAUUGGAGUUCCAACUAAAGUCUUUAAUCUGGGGGUCUACAGAAGAGAGGCUGUGAAAGCAUACAAGUCCUAUGACUUUUUUAGACAUGACAACGAAGAGGCCAUGAAAAUAAGGAAGAAGUGUGCAUUGGUGGCGCUGCAAGAUGUGAAAUCUUACCUGAAUGAAGAAGGAGGACAAAUUGCAGUAUUUGAUGCAACGAAUACAACCCGAGAGAGACGUGAUCUCAUCCUGAAUUUUGUAAAGGAGAAUGCGUAUAAGGGGUUUUUUGUGGAGUCCGUCUGCGAUGACCCGGAUGUUAUCGCUGCUAACAUUUUGGAAGUGAAGGUGUCGAGUCCAGAUUACCCAGAAGCUCACAGAGAACGAGUCAUGGACGACUUCCUGAAACGUAUUGAGUGCUACAAAGUCACUUACCAACCACUGGAUCCUGAUGAUUAUGACAAAGAUCUGUCAUUUAUUAAAGUGAUGAACGUAGGUCGCCGUUUCCUGGUGAACCGCAUACAGGACUACAUCCAGAGCAAGAUCGUCUACUACCUCAUGAACAUCCGUGUGCACUCCCACUGUAUCUACCUGUGCCGACAUGGUGAGAGCGACCACAACGUGCAGGGUCGCAUCGGGGGAGACUCUGAGCUUUCACCUCGCGGCAAGCAGUUUGCAGCAGCUCUGCGUGGGUUUAUUGAGGAACAUGGCUUGUCAGAUCUGAAGGUCUGGACCAGCCAGCUGAGGAGAUCCAUUCAGACAGCUGAGGCUCUGGGAGUGCCAUAUGAACAGUGGAAGAUCCUGAAUGAGAUUGAUGCUGGUGUGUGUGAGGAGAUGUCCUACGAGAUGAUUCAGAGCUCCUUCCCGGAAGAGUUUGCACUUCGAGACCAGGACAAAUACCAUUACAGAUACCCAGGAGGAGAGUCGUAUCAGGAUCUGGUCCAGCGCCUGGAGCCAGUGAUUAUGGAGCUGGAAAGACAGGGAAAUGUUUUGGUCAUCUGCCACCAAGCUGUCAUGAGAUGCCUUUUGGCUUAUUUUCUGGACAAGAACGCAGAUGAUCUCGCGUACUUAAAAUGUCCUCUCCACACUGUCCUGAAGCUCACCCCUGUUGCUUACGGGUGCAAAGUGGAAAUGUUUUAUCUGAAUGUGGAGGCAGUGAACACACACCGAGACAGACCUUUAGGGCAAGUUCGGAGGACUCCGCCCCCUCUGCUGCUCCGACGGAAUAGUUACACCCCUCUGUCCAGUCUCGACCAGGUCAAACGUCCGCGCCUGUACAGCGCCGGAAACCGGCCCUGGCUGCCCCUCGCUCCCUCCCCCUCAGCCCUGCACUUUCCUGACACUCCUGAAGGGGCGCUGCUACACAGCCAACUUCGAGUAUCAGGCAGUUUUCUGAAUCCUUGUGUGAAGGAAUCGUCUUUGAAGGCACAGAAGACGUCGCUGGUUGUUUCCGCUAUUGAUUAGCCUUGAAGGUUGGGUGGAACUUCAACUCAACGCACAGCUUCAAUCUAGCACCUUGUAUAAAGCACUCUAUUAAAACCCGCAUUACUGACGACUGCAAUACCUUCACCGGCGUUACCCCAAUACAUGCGUUCAGGAGCGCCAGAUAUUUGCAUGUGCGCUUUAAAAAAGUUGCACAUUUAGAAAUCAAGCUUUAAUGCUCCUUAGUUAGCAUGCGUGGGAGCUUGCAAGCUGAGAAUGCAGACAUUUAGCCAUGACAAACUGGUCAAAGGCCAAGUGUGAUUCAAUUUAAAGACAAACAUUUAACAUUAAUACAGUUUUACUUUCAAUUUUUUCAUAGAAUUUUAACCAAAGAUGUUUUAAGUCAUAUUAAGUUAUAAGUCAUAUGUGGGUGAUGUAUGAUUGGGGUGUUGUUUAGUCCUCAUCAUGUGUUUUUUUUUUUUUUUUUUUUUUUUUUAAAAAGGCAACAAUAAUUUUUAGAAAACACUGUAAAUGUGUAACAGGGUUAAAUGUUUGGGAUGGAAUUAGCAAACGCACGAAGUGAGCUUAACUAACAUCCGUCCUGUUGACACGAGCACAUUAAGAACUUUCCAACUAUUUAAAUAAUUAGUAAAAUAUUUAAAUAAUAUAUUUAAAUUUUUUUUUUUUAGACGGAUCAUUUACUUUCGGCUGAUCGUUUGGAAAAUACGGGUGUACGUUCAAAAUGAAAAAUAAACCAGAUAACUUUGCUUUUCUUCUUCCCAUGAUCGUUAGGAAAUGUAGAUGAUUUCACUUCCUGCUGAUUGUUGGAAUAUUCCAAAUAUUUGAUAUUGCUCUAUGUUGUGGGACUAAUGUACAGUUUUCUGAUCUAUAAUGAAUGACGUAUUUCAAAAAAAAAAAAAAAAAAGAGAUGUUUUGUAUUUUUAGGAUAUUUCCAGGUAAAGUGUAGUUAUAGUGGUCUGGGACAGGCAAGAAGUGUUUUAGAUAAAAUAACUGAUCAGAAACAGAGAUAUCAGAUGCUGUGAAAGUUUAACUUUACUAUUUAAAAGAAAUUGUAUGUAAAUUCAUUUAUUUUGGGGACUAAAUGGCAUCUUGUUCAUGAACUCACCCUUCCAUGUCAUAUUGAUUACCUGUCACUCCUGAAAUGCUAAAUCGUGGCUGUAAACCGAGACUUUAUUACAGAUUUAUUUUAUAUAGUUCAAAUAACAAGAUCCACACAGAUGGUUCUCUAAAACUGGGUUAAUGUUGAACUGAAAUGUUGACUUUCUAUUUUAGGAAAAUGUUUUGUGUUACUUGAGUUGAUAUUUGGGAUGAUGUCACAUUACGUAUACUUUUUUUUUUCAUGUAUGUAAUUUAAGUGCAGAAAUGAGGUCGAGAUGGUAAAUCGGCGCAGCCUUCGGGUCGCGUACUUGUACUUUUAUAUAGACAUACAUUUGAAAUAUGUCUAAGAUCUAAGGUCUGAUUUUUGUAAGUCAGCUGCAUGUAACAUUUCCCACAUAUUGCUAAAUGUAUCUGAGCUGUUGUGCAAAUUAGGACAAUGUUUGGUGCCAAAAAAAAAGAAGAGAAAACACUGAUCAUAUCUUCUGUCAUCUCUAUUUAUUGUUUUAAAAAUUAAUUGUGUGUAUAUUCUGUCUUUUCUGCUUUUCAGUUAUUUGCUCUUUAUGUGCAAUAAAAGGCUCAAGUCA